AUGACUGACACAGUAACUAUCCGUCCCCAGCAGCUCAUGGCCAACCGACAACUCCAGAGGGAACAAAUAUUCAUUGGCGUUCUUCACCCCAGAAAGCCAAAAGUACCUGAGACAGAUAUUCGGGAAAAACUAGCCAAAAUGGACAAGACCACAACAGACGUCAUCUUUGUGUUUGGAUUCAGAACCUAUUUGGGCGGUGGCAAGACAACUAGCUUUGGCAUGAUUUAUGAUUCAUUGGCUUAUGCAAAGAAAAAUGAACUCAAACAUAGACUUUCGAGACAUGGCCUGUGUGAGCAGAAAAAGACCUCAAGAACACAGGAAAAGGAAUGCAGGAACAGAAUGAAGAAGGCCAAGGGAACUGCAAAAGCCAGUGUUGGUGCUGGCAACAAAUGAGCUGGAGAUUGAACAACAGAAGGAGUAAAGAUUCUGCAGUGACUUUACCUGUGGUGAUUGUGCAGAUUUUUCCUGAGAGGAUUAAUAAAAUAAGAACUUAAAGAGAGAAAGAGAGAGAGAGAGAGAGAACCAUC